AUGCUUGCACUAACUCAGCACCACCAAAACCUAAAUUUCCUCUCUCACCUUCAACCUCCUUCCUUAGCUUACACUUUCUGCAACUGGGCUCCUCUCAUUCUCACCCUUCUCGCCACCCUUCUCAUUCUCCGCUCCCGCCACAACGCAAAUUCCAUCUCUGUCAUCAUCGCCGCCGAUUAUGAUCACACCGAUACCGAAGAUGACUUCGACGAUGACGCAGUAUCCUCAGUAUCGGAGUUUGAAGACGAUGAAGAAGAAAAGGAAGAAGAGCGAACGAAUGAGUAUUUCAGAGUAAGAGGUUCUACAAACGAUGAUUGUUUGCUCAUACGACGUCGUAGCAUUAGUGAUUUCUUGUCACUUUCGGAAAUCGCCAACUCCAAAAGCGUCGUAAAGUUAUGGGACUCCAUAGGGUUUGGGCUAGGGUUUUCCUUGGACCAUUUUGACAAUUCAUGUUCUUCCUCCAAUGGAAGCGUCGUGUCCCUUUACGGCGGGGAGCAUGGACUCCGACCUAAUCAGGCGGUGGUGGUUUCCGCCGGAGAAAACGAGGCGGGAAAUUUAGCGGUGAGGGUUUCGGAUGCGCGGCUCCGGCGGCGGAUUCCCGCGGUGAUGGCGGAGUGGGGAUCGAGCCUUGGAAAGACCGUUGGAGUUGAAUCGGGUGAACUACACAAGGUUUACGUCAAACAUGACGGCCGUUACGGUUUGACGGUCGGUGACAUCAGAAACCCGAAGUUGCCGUUGGAACAUGUAACGGAUUCACACCUGAAUCUUUGGUGGCCAAAUUCACUCAUCAUGAAAAUUUAA